AUGGUGUGGUGGAGAGUAGUGGUGUACUGGAGGAGGAGGAGAGUGGUAAACCGGAGGAGGAGAGUAGUGCUUAACCGGAGGAGGAGGGGACUUGUAUACGUAAUGUUUCUUUGGUGGUGGUGGGGAAUGGUAGACUGGAGGGGGAGAGUAGUGCUUAACCGGAGGAGGAGGGGACUUGUAUACGUAAUGUUUCUUUGGUGGUGGUGGGGAAUGGUAAACUGGAGGGGGAGAGUAGUGCUUCACCGGUGGUGGUGGAGAUUUGUACACGUAGUGUUUCUUUGGUGGGGGUGGGGAAUGGUAAACCGGAGGAGGAGAGUAGUGCUUAACUGGAGGAGGAGGAGAUUUGUACACGUAGUGUUUCUUUGGUGGUGGUGGGGAAUGGUAAACCGGAGGAGGAGAGUAGUGCUUAACCGGAGGAGGAGGAGAUUUGUACACGUAGUGUUUCUUUGGGGGUGGUGGGGAAUGGUAAACCGGAGGAGGUGA